AUGAAGACGCUGGCCCGGCUGUUCCUCUUGCUGGUGUGUGUGGCGGCGGUGGCUGUGUUGUACAUCCUGCUGUGUUCCCACACCUGCCUGUGGCCCUGCUGCCAGGCCCCAGGGCAGUGGGUCAGCCCCACAGCAUCCAGUAUCCUCAGCUUCCAGGGGUACAGCCGUGUGCCUGAUGGGAAGCCACUGGAGCGAGCGCUGUGCCACCGCUGUGCCAUCGUCUCCAGCUCAGGGCAGAUGCUGGGCUCGCACCUGGGACAGGCCAUUGACAAGCAGGACUGUGUCCUGCGCAUGAACCAUGCCCCCACUGCCGGCUAUGAGGAGGACGUGGGGGCACGGAGCACCGUCCGGGUGGUGUCCCACACCAGCGUCCCACUGCUGCUGAAGAACCAGCCCUACUUCUUCCAACAAUCCCAAGAAACCCUCUACAUCAUCUGGGGGCCAGCAAAGAAAAUGAACCGGGAGAAGGCAGGUUCAACCUACCAGGUGCUGCUGAGGGUGGUGGGGAUGUACCCCCACCUGCAGAUCUACACUCUGACUGAGGAGAAGAUGAUGUAUUGCGACGACGUCUUCCAGAACGAGACAGGGAAGAACAGGAUAAAGUCUGGCUCCUUCCUGAGCACAGGCUGGUUCACCAUGAUCUUGGCCAUGGAGCUGUGUGAGCAGAUCUACGUGUUUGGCAUGGUCAGUGACAACUACUGCAGGGAGAAGAACCACACGAGUGUGCCCUACCACUAUUUCGAGAAGGGUCGGCUGGACGAGUGCAAGAUGUACCUGAUGCACGAGCGAGCCCGCCGCGCUGGGCACCGCUUCAUCACGGAGAAAGCCAUCUUCUCCCGCUGGGCCAAGAGGAGACACAUCAUCUUUGCACACCCAUCCUGGGCAGGCGGGUAGGGGGUGAGCCGUGGGGUGAGGCAGGGGGACCCCAGUACCGGGUGGCUCUCAUCCUGCAGUGACAUAUCCUGGCUCUGCCGGUACCAUGGUUGAAAGACUUUUGCCGAGCCCUGGAGCUGGGAGUCUCCAUCUCUUCAGUGACACAGAGCUGGUUCCCCCAGCUUGUGAGUGGGAUGGCACUCACCCUGUCAGUGCACAGGGAUCAUUAACUGGACCCACAGAACCCCAUCAUCUCUGAAGGCCUGUCCAGAUGGACCCAGGGUGACCAUGAAGGUUUUCUGCCCAUUCUGCUGGGAUGAAAAUUUAAUGCAGGAUGAAACAUUUGUGCUGCUGGGCUCCAGUGUGAUGUUGAGCUCAGCCCCACGAUGGCCAUGAGCCAGUGCCUCUUCCAGGAACGGAGCUUCACUGUGGUCCUUGCCCUGAGACCUGGCACAGGGUAUGGGGUGCAGGAAGCCCAGGGGCCAUGUGUGCCUCAGAGGUCUGAGUUGCCUUCUCACAAGUGCCCUUGGAUUCAGACCAAAGCAAACAUGGCCAUUAAA